AUGGUCUCUGCUGAUCGUCGCUGUUAUAUCAAUUCUCCAGCUGGUAGUGGUGUGAUUCAAUACACAUUCACUGACACUGGAAUUGUUUGUGUCAGAUAUGGAUUCAAAUGUCAACAAAAUGACACUUCUUGUACUCCCUCUGAAAUUGCUCAAGGAACCAUCAAGAAAGUCUACACUGGUGUUACUCAAUCCACAUGUGAUGCCAUGAAAUCAUCACCAACCAUCUACAUUGAUACCUAUUGUUGUAAUACAGAUUUGUGUAAUGGAGAUUCCACCAAUGAUGGAGUGAGUUUGAGAACAACAACAACAACUCCUCAAUUCCAUGCCAUGUGGUUGAUGUGCACAUUGGUGGUGAUUGUUGUCGUUUUUGUCAAUGUCUUAAUUCAUUGA